CUUCCUGCCCACUCGCUACCUACGCCUUCCUUGCUGGCUGCUGUGCCUUCCUUGUCGUCAGCAACUCCGCCCUUGUGAAACCGCUGAUCCUGAGGCCGUGAGAUGGAGAGCAAAUAUAAGGAAAUACUGUUGUUUUCCGGCCUGGACCACAUGACAAAGGAGGAGCUGAAACGGUUCAAGUUCUUUGCUGAAGAUGAGUUUGCUAUACCCUGGAGCGAACUGCAGGAUGCAGACAAGACAGAUUUAGCUGACCUGAUGAUUAAAUGUGUAGGUGCGAAGUCUGCAGUGGAAAAAUCCAUUAAUAUUUUCCGAAAGAUGACAUAUAUGAUGCUUGCAAAGUUGCUACAGAAUGAAAAGGAAAAAGUUGUAGGUAAACCCAUGAUAAAUACAAAGAAAAAUACAAAUACAAAAAAGAAAAAUACAAAUACAAAAAUGAAAAAUACAAAUACAAAGAAGGUUACAAAUACAAAGAAGAAGGUUACAAAUACAAAGAAGAAGGUUACAAAUACAAAGAAGGUUGCAGAUACAAAGAAGAAAGUUACAAAUACAAAGACAAAAGAUGCAAAUACAAAGAAGAAAAGAACACAGAAAGUAAAAGAAAGAAGUCAAGCUAAAAACUGUUCUAUUGCCUCUGCCACCAGCAGACAAACAGACUGCUAUAAAAGUCUCUCCUCAAGAUAAGGUCACAAGCCUUGGUACACUACCAGGGCAGCAAGCCGGAAGUAUGAGCUUCUCUGGUGGAGAUCCCAGUGUUGUUGACUUCCAGGCAUUAGAUGAAGCUCAAAAUCAAAUGUUCUGCCUCUCCCGGAAACCAUUUGGGAGUCACGCAAAAGAAAUUCUGAAGGCUAUGGUGGAACAUGACACAGAUGGGUUUCCCCAUAAGAAAACUUUUAUGAGUUUAAUAGAUCAACUAUUUUAACAAUAGAUGGCUUCAGGGGCUCAGGACUCCCAGAGGGCCACUGCUUUGGUGACCCCUGCAGGGGCCGGGCAUGGGGUAGGUAG